ACCGACAUGUAGCUCCGGCACUGUCUAUAACUAUAUAAAGAGGGCUUGUGAUCCAAAAGGACCAGUAGUAGUACUGUAUGCUCGUUGGUCAGGAACAAGCAGUUUGCUGGAAUGGACGAUAAUAUUGGUGCUCGUUCUUCAAAUGAAGAUAAUUACAUGAUCAAGGAGCAAGAGCAAUUGCUGCCGAUAGCCAACGUUGGACGGAUCAUGAAGCAAAUUCUGCCACCCAACGCAAAAAUCUCCAAGGAGGCCAAGGAGACAAUGCAAGAAUGUGUGUCGGAAUUCAUUAGCUUUGUCACCAGCGAGGCAUCCGAGAAGUGCAGGAAGGAAAGGCGCAAGACCGUGAACGGUGACGACGUCUGCUGGGCGCUGGAAACGCUAGGUUUUGAUGACUACGCGGGGCCAGUAAGAAGGUAUUUGCAUAGAUAUAGGGAGCAAGAAGUAGAUAGAGCCAAUCAAGAAAAUGGUAGGAACAUACUGAAAGAUCUAGAAUGACUAUGCAUGAACCUGCAUUUUAAAGUAGAAUUAAGCACAAAAAAUAAGAAAACAGGUUGUACGUAGCUGAUGAUCAUGAUCUGAGU